UUGUAUUAAUGUUAUUUGUAGGAAUCCACUCUAGGGGUAUAUUUGCAGAGGGGUCAAACCUGGAUAGGUAAAUUGAUGCUGCUCUCAUGAAAACACAACAGACCUCUGUCCUGUUGUCCCAGACUCCCAUCAGUCUGCAGACAGGACAGUCGGGACAGCAGAAGACGCCACAAUAACUGGUGGGAAUGCAACAGCUGUUGAUGACCCACGACCCUUUGAUUCUGUAGUGUUUCUAUGAUUUGGACGCAUACGCGUCUCCAUAGCAACCAGCGCGAGACAGUCCCGACUAACUAGCAGCGCAAACCUAGUUAAGCAGUCAGACGGUCGGUAAAAUGCCAAAGAAGAGAUCUGAGCUAAAGGCUGAAGCCUUCACCAUUAAGGCCACCAUGAAAGUAGCCGCGGUAGUGGGCCCUCCAUCUGCAGGGGCUUUUAAAGAGCGACCUGCCAAACCCACCAUGCUCCGCAAAUACUACCAUCGUGGAGACCUGCCGGUCGUGGUUAACCACAUCGGCAAUGGAGGCAGGGCCAUUAAAUGGAAGGUUGAUAUUUACUCACUGGACUACCACCACUACCUGCCGCUGUUCUUCGAUGGCUUGUGCGAGACGACUUUUCCUUGUGAGCUUUUCGCCCGCCAGGGAAUCUAUGAAUUGUUGAAAAUUGGAGGCCCCAAAAUCCUUCCUGUCAUUCCUCAGCUCAUCAUACCCAUCAGGAAUGCCAUGAACACGAGAAACCAUCAAGUGAUGUGCACAACCCUUAGAGCCAUUCAGCAGCUGCUGCAGUCUGCGGACGGGGUGGGGGAGGCCAUGGUGCCUUACCUCGGACGAAUCCUGACUGUUUUUAACAUCUUCAAGAAUAAAAAUGAAAAUUGUGGAGACGAGGUCGGCAGAGAAAAGACCAUUGGGGACCUGAUCAACGAGACUCUGCAGAUGUUUGAAGCCUAUGGAGGCCCAGAGACCUAUAAAGUGAUCAAAUACAUGGUCCCCACCUAUGAGUCCUGCAUGAACAAGUGAAGGAUGGGUUCCUACAGACUUUGAUUGUAUUUCUCAUAUGUCUGAUUACUUGGUUUGUUUAAAUACCUUGAAUUAUAGCAGCUAUUAAAUAUACCAACAUGUA